UUAAGGAAAAGAGUAAUAGAAGAAGAGUAAAACCAAAAACAGCCCGCGACAAGGCCUUGGGGGUUUCUACUCUGCAGCUUGCACACUCUUCUAUUCUAACUUCUUCACUUCCAAAUUCCAAAUUGCAAAUCCCAAAACCCAAACCCUAGGAGAGAGACACACGGAGACACUGAAUGAUUGAUUGAUGGCAUCUUCCAAGUUAAUGGCUUCUUCCCAUUCACGGAAAUCAGAGUCCUCCUCUCCUUCUCCCACGCCUCAAUUCACCACCACCAACUUCAUCCCCAUCUCCGACGCUGCCGUCACCGCCGCCCCCAAGACCGUCGAUGAUGUGUGGCGGGAGAUCGUGGCCGGCGACCGCCGCGAAUGCAAGGAGGAGGCUCCUGACGACGAGAUGAUGACUCUCGAAGACUUCCUCGCCAAGGCCGGCGCAGUCGACGAUGACAACAAUGAAGAAGUCGACUGCGACAUGAAGAUUCCAAUGCCCCUCACGGAGAGGCUUGGCAGCGGCGUCUUCGCCUUCGAUCCCCUCCUCGCCAUGACCCCGUAUCAGGACGGAGUGGAAGGAUCCGUCAUAGGGUUCGGGAACGGCGUGGAGGUGGUUGAAGGUGGGAGAGGAAAGAGAGCACGUCCCGUUUUGGAACAGUUGGAUAAGGCAGCGCAACAGAGACAAAGAAGAAUGAUUAAAAACAGGGAAUCUGCUGCUAGGUCUCGGGAACGGAAGCAGGCUUACCAAGUAGAAUUAGAGUCCUUGGCGGUGAAACUAGAGGAGGAAAACGACAAGCUCUUGAAGGAAAAGGAGACAAUAAGUUUUGUUAUGUGUUGAACUUGAAAGUUGAAACCCUUCCAGUGGUGACUUUUCGUUUUUGGUUUGAUUUGGCUGAUCAUUGAUUGGGUUUUUGGCCUGGUCUUGUUCCCUGACCUGGUUCCAUUACCUUGCUGUUGGGUGCUAUCUAUUAAUAUUUGGGAUUGCAUUGAUGGACUUUCCUUUCAUAAACACGCUUGCAGGUCAUAUUUUUCUCUUGCUCUCAUCAUAAAUGGGUUCACAGUGUUAUUCUCUAUUUCUCAUUCCGUCACACCUGAAGUCAUCCUUGCUUAAGUAUAACCUGUCUGGUUUCUGGGAAUCUGGUUAUGCAGUAAAUGUUUCUGAAGCCAUGAAUAUUUUGUAGUUGAGGCUGUCUUACCAUUGGAAUAAAAUGUCUGAGCGAUUGUGCUCCCAAUUGCUUUAAUGCUGUUACAAUUAUGAUCCGAUUGUAAUCAUUUUUACCCUCCCUCUUAGUAGCCAAGGGUCUCAUAUUUUUGAGAUGCGUAUACAAAAUUGGGAUAGAUUUGAUAUUAGUAAUAAAUAAACUUUGGUUAACCUAUCACUACUUUUUUGUUGACAUUGUAUUUGAUGCUCGCCUUGAACUUUUUAGAUAUGGGAUGAUUUUUUUCUGUCAUAUUUUGAUAAAUAAUUUUGUUUACCUUUUAUGUAUGAUUUUUACACCAAUAUAUUUUUACAGAAUGUCGUAAUCUUACCACUACUAUUUUGCAUACAAGUGUGAUAACUUCACUGGUGUUUAUAAACAGAUAUGUUUACCAUUGUCCAUUGUUAAGAAUGCUUGUACUAUAUUUUAUGUUGAAAUAUCACUGUUUCCCUCAUUGGUGGUUGUUCACUCAAAUUAGUGUUAUGUGGGCCAUGGCACCGCGUUUUUCCAGUUACAAACAUGGGCCGGGGGAAUGAUACACUGUUGAUUGAAAUUCACAGAAUUGGAUCCGUUCAUAAUCUUCAAGCUAUAGUGUUAAGUCUGCCUUCUACCAAACAGGAAAUCCAUUGUUGGGAUGGGGAAAUGUCUAUUUCUGCCUCAGAAUUCAGUCUCUAUCUAUGCCUGAGCCAUGAUGUUCUGAUUUUUAUUCCCUCAACACUUGCUUGGGCACUGCUAACACGUUUGAAUUUGGAAUAUGUUUCUUCAAGCAUUUUGGGUUGCAAACGUCCCACAUUUUGGACUGUAUUUCCAAAACAGAGGAUGUAACUUUUAAGGGGGUUUGAGUGUAGCCUGUAAAACAAGUUCUACUUUUGUGUCUCAUUUCUUGUUGCCCAUUUGCCUUUGUAGCUUUUGAGUUUAUUAUGUAUUUUUACUCUCUAAUCUCUUACUAAAGAUAUUCUU